UUCUCCGAGACGCUUCCCAUCCCUUGGCUAUGGCUUCUCUCCACGCCAGCCAUUCAACGAGGGGCUGAGAGGAGCCUAGCCGAAGCGCCCAGAAGCAAUCCAAGCCCGCGGCUUGUUAGCGCUCCGCCCGCCCGCAGCAUUGCCCGCCCCGGGUCGGUCGUUGCUGAGUCCCGAGGCUGGUCGCUGGGUCGAUCAGCAGGGCCGAGCGCCGGCUCCUGCAGGCCGAGAAGAGAGGAGGCGGCUGAUCCCGGGCUGCGGCCGCUGGAGCCACGAUGAAGCUGUUGCGGAAAGACAUCGAGAAGGAUAACGCCGGGCAAGUGACGCUCAUGCCCGAGGACGCCGAAGAUAUAUGGCACGCCUACAACCUGCUGCAGGUGGGCGACAGCCUGCGGGCCUCCACCAUCCGAAAGGUGCAGACGGAGUCGUCCACGGGCAGCGUGGGCAGCAACCGUAUCCGCACCACGCUCACCCUGUGUGUGGAGACCAUCGACUUCGACUCGCAGGCCUGCCAGUUGCGCGUCAAAGGCACCAACAUCCAGGAGAACGAGUACGUCAAGAUGGGCGCGUAUCACACCAUCGAGUUGGAGCCCAACCGGCAGUUCACGCUGGCCAAGAAGCAAUGGGACAGCGUGGUGCUGGAGCGGAUCGAGCAAGCUUGCGACCCGGCCUGGAGCGCCGACCUGGCCGCCGUGGUGAUGCAGGAAGGGUUGGCCCACGUCUGCCUCGUCACCCCCAGUAUGACGCUGACCCGGGCCAAGAUCGAGGUGAACAUCCCUCGAAAGCGCCGAGGGAACUGCUCCCAGCACGACCGGGCCCUGGAGCGGUUCUACGAGCAAGUGAUGCAGGCCAUUCAGCGCCACCUUAACUUCGAAGUGGUCAAGUGUGUCCUGGUGGCCAGCCCGGGGUUCGUGAGAGAGCAGUUCUGCGACUACAUGUUCCAGCAGGCUGUCAAGACCGACAACAAGUUGUUGUUGGAGAAUCGCUCCAAAUUCUUACAGGUGCAUUCAUCAUCUGGACAUAAGUACGCACUGAAAGAAGCUCUUUGUGACCCAGCUGUGACUAGUCGACUUGCUGAUACCAAAGCAGCUGGUGAAGUCAAAGCUUUAGAUGAUUUCUACAAAAUGCUACAACAUGAGCCUGAUCGGGCCUUUUAUGGUCUCAAACAUGUGGAAAAGGCUAAUGAAGCAAUGGCUAUUGAUACUCUAUUGAUCAGCGAUGAACUUUUUAGGCAUCAGGAUGUGGCUACUCGUAGUCGAUAUGUCCGGCUUGUAGAUAGUGUGCGUGAGAAUAUGGGCACAGUUCGCAUCUUCUCUAGCCUUCAUGUAUCUGGGGAACAGCUUGGACAACUGACAGGUGUAGCUGCUAUUCUGCGUUUUCCUGUUGCAGAACUUUCUGAUCAGGAAGACGAUUCUAGUUCUGAAGAUGAUUGAUGAUGGAGAAAUAUUUACCCUUCUUAUCCUAUUGUAUAAUGAGACUUCUUCCUUUAUAAUAUUUGUUCCCAAUAGUAAAUGGCUUACCAAACAAAAAAAAUAGAGAACAAUAUUUUUAAAAUGACUAGCCAAAUUGUCAUUUUGUUUACUUGAUAUUUAUGCAUUUUUGUUGCUGUGGUAAUAGUGGUAAUGGAGUUCCCCUAGCAAAACUGGGGUGACCUAACUAAUUGGCAAACAAUUGUGGUGCUUUGUGGAACAUGCAAAAACAAUAAACUGGUAUCAGACAAGAAGAAUAACAUGCUUAUUUGUAUAAGCUUUUGCUAAAGACUAUGUUGAAAAGACAAAAUUUUCACUCAGUACAAACAGUCAAAAAGCAUGUGGCAAGUAUAAAUGUCAUAUUUUUAACUCUGAAAAUUAUUAACUUAUGUACUUAUUGGGGGGCAUCACAUGUUUCCAUUUUAGCAACUGACUAUUCAAACAUUUUCUUUUAUUAUAAAUGAAAUUUUAAAUUCAUAGUUUUAAAUGAAACUUUAUUGACAUAGCUAAUGGGAUAAGAGAUCACAUAAGAUCUAACAAUAUAUUAUUAAAUAACAGUGUACAGUAUUUUUAAGAGUUGAAAGGAGAUUCAAUUGCAAUGGAAACAUUUCUAAGCUGCUUUGGUAAACCUAACCAAAUAGCUCAGUUCCAGUUAACAUGCUUAACAUAAACACUGUGCCUGAUUAUUUGUAUUUAUCCUUGCACAAUGAGGCUUGCAGCUAUGACAUAUUUAUAUAUUCAAACCAUAGAACUGCUUUGGAUUAGUUAACCUCUAGGGCAGUAGCGCCCAACUUUUUGGGCACCAGGGACUGGUUCUGUGGAGAGAGCUUUUCUCACAGCCCAUAGGGGGUGUGGUUUCAUGUGCUGCCUGCAUCCUGUGGAUGGGGCUUCGCUUGUUUGUGUGAACCGGUUUCUGGCAUGCUGCGGACUGGUGCAGGUCCACAGACCGGGGUUGGGGAUCUUUGAUCUAGGACACAGUAUAUUUUGUAGCUGAUAGAAUAAAACUAGGGAAAUGGAAUUCUCAGUCUUUGAGAAACAGAAGCAUCUAGAAUCAGUCAGAAGUAGAACCUUUCGCUAAUGUGCCUUUCUCCACACACCCCACCAUGAUCAUGAGGGCAAAACCUGUCCAGAUGCAGCUCCUAAGCUUCCUUUGAGUACAUUUGGAUAGUUUGGUUUUCUGAGUGGUUUUUUGAGAAAAACACAUUAAUUGUAUUGCAAGCUUUCCCAAAGCUUAAAAGAACAAAAAUCCCAAUUCAACCUAUGUACAUCAGUACUUUAUUUAUGGCUUUUCCUAAAUGUUAAGUGCACCUCAGUAACCAAAAGAUUAUUAAUUUCUAUUAUAGCUUAAGGGCUCAUUUAUGCUUCCUAAGAAUUGAAAUGGGGAUGCCUUGUUCUUUCUGUAGUGGUUCAGGUUUUCCUGGAAUUUCCUGUGAAUAGAAGAGGAACCCUUACAUUUGGUGGGAAGAAUAAAAGAACUGUUGGGAAGGGAAAGCAGGAACAGCUGUAGGUGUAGGUGAAAAGCAUGGUGUCUGUGAAGAUUUCCCUGUAUCCUCUUGUUCGAUAGGACUGCCUACCUGGUGAAUUUAACUUUUUCUGUAAUGCAUAACAAGACUUCUUUCCCUUUUCUUUCCAUCUCUGGCCAGUUAUUUCUUUCCAUGGUCUCAUCACCAUCCAGAUUUGCCCCCCUCUUUCUCUUUUCAUCCUUUCCCAGGGCAGCUACCCUUUUACCUCAUUGAUCCCAUUUCCUGAUUAUCUUUUUUCUUUCUUGUUAUUUCUGUGAGAAACAAUGAGGAAGUUGUAGUCCCUAAUUUUGGAACCAAUUAUUUUUUUAUAAAACUAUUAAUUCAAUUAAUAUGAAUUUAUUCUUGUCCUCAUCCCACCUUUUAAAGAACAUAUGGCUUCUUUAAAUUAUCUAUACACAAGUGCAUGUAUAAAUAUAUCAUGAGUACACAUUUAUUGCAGAGGGGAGAGAAAUACUUAGAAUUGGUUUCAGCUGGGUUGAAAGAACAGAAAUUGGGAUUAUACUGUACAGAAAUUUUGUCAUCUCUGUGUGUAUAUACAUACACUCAAAAUAUUAUUUUUUGGGAGAGCGGAUAGUAUUUUAAAUUUAGAGUUUCCUAUCUUUUGGCUAAAUACAGUAAAUAGCUGUUGGAAAUUCAUUACACAUUCCAUCUAUAAGAAAUUGUAAGCAAAUUCUCUUUCAAAGAAUAAGAGAGAGAUACAGAUUUUUUUUAUAAAUAUAGAUAUAUUUGCUCAUUUUGCUGUAUUGUCUGAAGCCAGAUCAACGCAGUUAAAAUGACAUAAGGAUGUAUGUCAUAACAACAUGAUCAGAUUCUAGUCUACCAUGUUAUAUUGCCUUGGGUUGUAUAAUUAUACAAGUUCCAUUUUUAUGCACCGGUGCUUCCCUCCAGAUUCCUCAGCUUUAUCCACUUAGAAAGAUAAAUUUGACUUAUUUGUCCAUUUAAAUUCAGUCUGAAUAAAUUACUUCUAAUGUAUAUGUGACUCUGAAGAGAGCAAUCUUACAUGCUAGAUUUUAAUGGUCUACUGUUAAAUCCAAGAAAGUAUUGUUUGUGUGACUUAAGCUUUCUACAAAAUAUUUAAUUGGUGUUUUACUUGUUGCCUGCAUUUAAUAGAUAGAACAGUAUUUUAAUGUAUUUAUUGUUUAUGAGUAAUAGUUGAAAAUAUCAGUUUCUUUUUUAGCAAAGGUUAAAGAUGUAGACAGAAAAACUAAAAGAGAACUUAAACAAAAGUUCUUUUAUGGUUAUAGGAAUAAAUAGGCAUGCUUCACUGAUAAAUAGAAAGCUUUGUGUAAGGUUUUAUCAGAAAUUCUGAUUUUUAGCCAAGUGUGAAAUUAAUAGCAAUACACAUUUCUGAUGUAGCCUUUAAAUAGUUCAGAUUGAAGUUGGUUAAUAGGACUUGAGGAAAAUUCCACAAUGAAUGCCAACAAGCAUAUUUUUCAGAUGGCAAAGGAUUCUAAACACGUUAGCUUUAUAAUAUUGAAAUAGCCUUAGCAGCAAAAAUCUAGAAGGAAAUUAGAAGCAUUUGUUAGAAGAUUAUUGAAUAGUGGACCAAGAUAAGGUUUUCUACUGUCUGACUUUUUACCAGAAACUUCAAACUAUGGCUGGUAUUCAAAUAACUGUUUGGUUCAAAGAGAAGAAGGGAAAAAUAUUAUUUACUACAAUAUAUAUUUAGUAUUAGAGCAAAAAUGGUGAGCUUAUGAAUAAAAUGUGCACUGGCUAUACAAGUAUACACUAAGGCCAUAAUUGUGCUGCUUUUCUUUCUAUAUUAAUUGAUUUGAACAAUUCAUUUAAUCUGUCAAAAGCAAAUAAUUCACCUGCUCAGUCCCAAUUAUCCUUAGCAUUAAGAAUUAAUACUUGCAUAGUUCUUCCACUCUGAAUUUCUUGGUUGCCUCAGAUCAAUGUUUCUUAAACUUGUAACUUUUAAGAUAUGUGAACUUCAACUUCCAGAAUUCCUCAAUCAACAUGCUGAGGUCCAUACAUCUUAAAGUUGCCAAGUUUGAAAAACAUUGGCUUAGAAUAGAUGAAGAACAUGAGAGAGUGCUUGGAUCCAAUAGAACCUGCAACAAAAUAUUGCAGUAUUGAAUGUUUAUUCAGGAUCUGGCCAACCCACAAUGCCCUUUUUCUUUGCUUCAUUUUUUUGUUUCUCAUUUUUCAAAUUUUUCCCUUUUCAACAUUUAGUUAAGAGUUUGGGCCCAUGAGAAUGCCCGCUUUAUUGUUUUCUGUUCACAGAUAGGCCUCAACUUACAACCUCAAUUGGAACCAGAAUUUCCAUUGCUAAGCAAGGUGGUUGUUAAGUGGGUUGCCAAUUUUCUGAACUUUUUUGUCUCAGUUCUUAGGCAAAUCAUUGCAGUUUAAGUGAAUCACACAGACAUUAUCCAGCUUCCUCCCAUUGACUUUGCUUGUCAGAAGUCAGCUGGGAAGUUUGCAAAUGGUGAUUACACAAUCCCAGGACAAUGUAAGCAUCAUAAAUACAUGCUGGUUGUCAAAUACCUGAAUUUUGAUCAUAUGAUGGGAUGCUCAUUAUAAGGACUGGUUAUAAGUCACUUUUUUAAAUAGUUGCAAAAUGUCUCUUUGCUAUCCACUAGCAAAAUAUCUAUCCACUAGAUAUUUGCAACCCAGAUAGGAAGGUGUAUUUUUAAAAAGUGUUUUGAACUACUGCAAAUUUUUAGCAUAAACCCUUUCUAGUCUGUUUGCAUGUACUGCGGAUAUAUCAAAAUCUGGUCAUAUUGGGAAGAGGGGAAUAAAGUGGACAUACAUAGACAUGUGUGCAUACACAGAAUAGACAUCUCCACAUUAGUCUUCCAUUAAAUAGCAAUAAUUGUUCAUGUAUACAAGUUUUGGAUUAUCCUUCCCACUUGUAAUGGGCUUCCUCUUAAAACUUAUUCAUACUUUUCAUAAGAGCAAAGCCAAAAAAGUGCUUUUUUAUUUUCUCUGACUAUCCAGGAUUUCUUUAAAAAAAAAAAACUAUUUUGCCUCAGCAGUAUUUUCAUGAGUCAAAAGAAUACUAAUGGAAAUGGGCAGUCUUCUUUCAUUUUUUUCCCAACUUCUACUACUAUAAAUGGCCCUAAGCAAUUUGAUGAGGCAGUCAUAAAAGGCAUGAUGAAUCCUAGCAUCACUUAAAUGUCAACAACUUCUUACAAUGUUUUAUGUUCCUGAGCACAUAAUCCACAAGAAAUGUCUUCAGUGCCAAAUACAUUAAAGAAAUAUAAUGCA